AUUGGUGCAAAGUUCUCAUUUAGGAAAGUAAGGAAGUUAGGUAGCAGGUUUAGUCGGGCUGGGUGAAGCAGUGACGGAAAGUUCUAAAAUAAGGCAUUCACAGUUACUUUGACGGUGUUUUCGGCCGGAUAUAGUAUAUCCAUGAUGUUGUGGAUUAUUUUUGUGUCGUUUUUGAGUAUUUUUGAGACGGCCAACUCCGAAACCCACACUCUGAGGUACAUCUACACGGCCAUGUCCAAACCUGAGGAGGGGUUUCCUGAAUUCACAGCCAUGGGUCUGCUGGAUGACAUGCAGAUUGAUUACUACGACAGCGUCAAUCAGAAGAAAGAGUCCAAGCAGACCUGGAUGAAGGAAAACAUGGCUCCGGAUUACUGGGAGAAAGGAACAAAGUCUCGCAAGAGCAAGGAGCAGUGGUUCAAAGUCAACGUCAGGAUUCUGGAGAACAGGUUCAAUGAAACAAAAAGACCACACGUUCUGCAGUGGAUGCACGGCUGUACGCUGGACGAGGACAACAAUAAAAAGGUUCAGGGGUACGACCAGUACAGCUACGAUGGGAAUGACUUCCUGUCCUUUGACAAGAAUCACCUGCAGUGGGUGGCCCCCAUGCAGCCAGCCGUCGCGACCAAACUAAAAUGGGACGGCGAGAAAAUCCUGAACCAGUACACCAAGGGUUACCUGGAGAACGAGUGCAUUGACUGGCUUAAGAAGUUCCUGGGCUACGGAGAAAGGGAUAUCCAUCGCUCUGUCAAGCCUGCAGUAACAGUUUUUGCGAAACCAGGCAAAAAUAAAGAGAGUCUAACUCUCACCUGCAUGGCUACGGGCUUCUACCCCAAGACAAUCCACAUUCACUGGAACAAGGACAAGCAGAGGGUGGGUGAGGAGAUGAAUUCCACUUGGGCCCUGCCUAACAACGACAACACCUUCCAGCUGAGAUCGAGUUUGGAGAUCGACCCAGUGGAGGGCAAGGGAUACUCCUGUGUAGUGCUGCACGGCAGCUUACGAGAACCGCUCUUUACACACUGGGAUGGAGUCGUGCCUGGUGAGGUGACCUCGAUUGGGAUAAUCUUGGGAGUUUCGAUUGUUCUUGUUGUUGUUGCUGUUGUUGCUGUUGUUGUUAGUGUGGCCGUCUUCAUCUACAAGAGGAGAUCUGGGAAUGCAGGCCCCAGAAGAAAUAUUGUUUCUCUUGUAGCACCAAUAAGCAAUGUUGCUCAGCCUGCAGCCCAGUCUUUGCUUGCCAGUGAUGUGGCUGUCCCCGUGGAUCCUAAUACUGUGGAUGUGCCUGUGGAUUCUAAUACCCAGACUUUGCUUGCCAAUGCCCAGCCUUUGCUUGCCAAUGAAAAUCCACAGAGACGUGGCAGUGACUCUGGCCACAGUGACUCUGGCCACAGUAACUCCAGCGAGUCUAACAAUUCUAACUCCAGCGAUUCUGUUAAAUCUAGCGAUUCUGGUGUUCCUGUGGAAACAAGAAGCCCCGUAUAAAAUAACAUGGUGCCAGUGGUGCAGUCCCUGCAGGAUCAGUAACACGAGCUUCAGCUCCAAUGCUGAGAGUUCUGCAGUGGCAGGAAAUGAAAGGAACCCAACUUCCUCCCUCAUAGCCGUCGUGAAUUUGGCA